CUAAUAUCAAACUAUUCAUAACCCAAGGGGGCUUGCAGUCGAUGGACGAGGCGAUCUACGCCCACGUGCCGAUGAUCGGAAUACCGUUCUACGGCGAUCAACCGUACAAUGUAAGAAGGAUGGCGAGCAAAGGAAUCGGUCUGGAACUCGACCACCGGACCUUGGACAAGGAAAAACUCAAGGCGGCCAUUUUGGAGGUCGCCAACAACCCCAAGUACCGCAACACCUUGAAAAGGUUGGCGCAACUGGCGCAAGACCAACCGAUGACGGGAAUCGAGAACCGAACCGAGUCGACUUACGUUGCGAUCCGUUCUCGACGAAGUGCACCAGCUCCACGCACAACGUCGCGACGUCACCGAAGUCCUUGUCGUGCUCGAGCUUCGACAGUUUCGCCUUGAGAUUGCGAAGGACGACGUCGAUUUCGUCAUCGCCGACGCUAUCCCUCGUCUCUAGCUCGCGAACGAUUUUACCUACCCCCUCGUAGAACCACGCGAAGUUUUCUUGGGCCACCUCCUUCAGGUUGUAGCGGACCUUCUGCGAGAACCUGGUGAUGUCCAUUGCGAGAUACUUGGCGCUGACACGUUGCGCUCCGUCGUGGUGUUCGGUUUCGAACGCGCGACGAAUGUCUCGGAUUGCCGCGAGGUAAUCCCCGAAGAUGGUCUUGAGCGUAGCGCGAAAUUCGGGGUAGUGAAGCUGGACAUAAAUUAAAAAUUGGAAUUACGUCCUAGACAUCUCAUUAGUGCAAUUCGUGAAACAAAUUUCUGACAUUUGUAAUAUUUUGUCGCUAUUCAAAAUUUUUACGUCUACGCUCCGUCAAAAAACUUAAUUCUAAAUUACGCGGUUUUCGAUUUGCAAUGAAAUAUGUCAAAGUGUUAUCCUGUUAAUUACGAAGAAGAGUACGCUUUGUUAGUGGAAGGCCGUAAUCCGCACGAAAAUUGCGGCCCCACAAGCUCGCGAUGGAGGAGGAAUGUAAAUUUAUGUCCAAGAUCGUACCAUCGUAGUUAUCCUUCCGGCGUCAUCUAUUGUAAUCCCAAAUUUUCUGCGGACAGUUCGCAAGCGACUCUUGCGUACGAAGGCGAGCUUGAUGAUUCAUAUGGAAGAGGCAUUGCCGCAUAUUCCGUGAUGGUUGCACAAAAGUACCCUUACUGUUUAAAGGCUCCUGAUGCGCCAAGACUUUUGAAAGGUUCUGUUAAAGAUGAACGCCCUAUGUACUGCGACUACGGGAAUAUGUCACCACGUUCGAGUAGUAAUAGAAGGCUGUAUGAGCACCCGCAGUAUCCUAAGGAAUCAGUAACAGACGAUGAAAUUUCUGUGGAAGACUCAGACUCACCACGCCCAAUUUUAAAAAACUCCAAAAGAAGUGUGCGCAAUGAUGGAAAGGGUAAUUUACAAUCGACUUACAGCAUGGAGAAAAUGGUGCGAAAUUUAAAUAACCUUAACAAGCACACUCUUGGUGGAAGAAAACUAAAGCCGGAAGAAGUACGGAUGAUAACCGAACGAUUGAGGGGUAGACAACAUGCUAAUGAUCAAUACGUGUGCAACAGAAGCAGGUUUUUAAAUAAAAGUUAUGAGCAAGCUGCUAAGGUCUUAAAAGGAGCGCAAACUAAAGCAACACUUGGCAAAAAGGAAGAACCGAGCGACUCUUACAGCGUAACGAGGUUCCCUUAUGAUACUACAAAAAAUUCCCAACUGAGAAUUGACCAUCGGUUAAGCAGGCGUCAGUUGGCAGUUUCAUCCGAUCGGCAUGGACAUAUUUUCCUGGGCUCACAAAGAUUGAUACAACAAGUUAGUCCACAGUUUGCAGUUCUGAACCAAGCAGUAUGCUCAGCCAUACCUGAAGAACAACCUGAAACCACCGAUCUGAAGUCGACAGAAAUCGAGCAUCCCGUCAAAUUGCAAAAGGAAGGCAGCGUUACGAUCGAAUUCUCGUCAACAGAGAUUACUCGAAAGCGCUCAUCGCAAAUUAGAAAAGGGAGAGGGUCCAUUAUACGUACAAGUAGACGAAACCGGCGAGUGAACAAACGCCCCCUAGCCGUUUGCACUUAUACGCAGUUUGUGCAGAAAUUAAUUGCCACAACUGAAGCCACCGUUUACAAAGACAGCGGACAUCUCCAGGAGGGCCAACAGAAGUCCAAUCCUGUCGCUCCCUCGCAACGAAGCGAACCAAAACCUAGCUCGAACUCGCCUUCUCAGCAAAUCCAAGCAAAACCGAGCUCUGUUCAAUCGAACCCGGCUUCUCAGUUUAGCGACCCGAAACCUCACUCUGUUAAAUCCAGUCUCAAAGUGGAAGUCUCUGAAAUGUUGACAAAAUUGGAAGAAAUUCAAAAGUUACUUAGCAAAAAUAAGGCGUCUUCCAAAGAGCUGGAUGUCGUUCAGGAAUUGCUGGACACUUCCGAUAGGAAUUUAAGCAGUGUGUUCACAUCGGAAUUGACAGUGUCGCGAAAUGACGCCAAACCCAGUAAACACGUGACUUACAGCGUUCCAAUCCCCGAAAAAGACGAAGCCGGAAGUAGCUCCCACAAUGUGAAAUCGCACGAUCCCGUUUCCAUAUUAUCUACACAAUCUGCAAUAAUGUCACUAUUAUCAAGCAUAAGUAAAAAAUUGGUCUCGAACAAAUCGUACGAUAAUGAAGCUACUGACGCUCAAAUUUUUCAAGACAUCUUCCAUUCGGAAGAAGAAAGCAACAAGAAGCAAGAAUCCAAAAUACCUUUAAGCAAAAAAGGUGGGGCACGCCAAAUGAACAGUCCGUCCAUUGCGUCGAGCACAUCAACUGUGUAUCCAUUACCGCGCGGAAAUCUCCAGAUCCCCAAACACUCCGCGCCUUCCGUCGUUACGGUCUUCCCAAUUGAAACUCGGGUGAACGAGCAACCCCAAGUGACGAAGCCCGCGCGGAAACGUAUCGGUAAGGUUGGUAAAAGGUACACAGCGGCUGAAAAACCAUCCGACUCUUCGAGCGAUAACUUGGACGAGAUUAAGGUGAGAAGACGUAAACAGAAGGCCGGAAGCCCAUCAACUACGCCAGGCGACAGUAUCCUUCGGCCGUCAGUUUUAAGUUCCCUAAAUAGCGCUCUGUGCAUUAUCAUCGGGUUCCUAUUUAGAUAUUUAAAAAGUCUGUUCAUUCUUUGAUAGUCAUGAGGACCUUCUUGCCAAAUAAAAAUGUUGUCAA